CUCAGUACACCGGCGCUUUCUAGAAAGACGCGAGCUGACAACAUGGAUCUUGAACAGAUGGGACCGCAGACAUUCCUCUAUGGCUGUGAACUGAAAUCUGGGAAGGAUGUCGUUUUCAACCCAGAAGACGAUGAUUUUGACCACCAGCUCUCCCUCCGGAUGGUAUGCGUUGACCCCAGCACUAAAGACGAGUUGAACAUUGUGGAGGUCGAGGGUCAGGACUCAGAAGGCCAAAAGGUCAAGGCUGUUUUAGCCACAGUGAAGCCCUCCUCCUUGCCAAGUGUAUGCCUUGGUGGUUUUGAGAUCACACCCCCCGUCGUGUUCCGCUUGCGGUCAGGCUCAGGUCCAGUCCACAUUAGUGGACAGCACCUCGUCAUUGUGGGGGAAGACCAGUCCUUUGAUGAAGACGAAGAUGAGGAAGACAUGAAAGUGGCCAAGAAGAGGCCAGCAGCUGCUGACGGGAAAGCAGCGAAAAAAAUGAAGAUGGAAGAUGAGGAUGAGGAUGAUGAGUAAGAGGAUGAUGAGGAUGAAGAUGAUGAGGAAGAUGAAGAAAGUGAAGAGGAGACGCCAGUGAAGCCCAAGAAUGUUCCGUCCAAACCCCAGACUCCCGCUCAGAAUGGAAAGAGCGCCAAAACCAGUACCCCAGCGGCAAAACAAACACCUGACGCCAAGAACAAAGACAACAAGAAGGCACAGACUCCCAAAACGCCCCAGACACCCAAAGCCCCUCUCUCUGUAGCGGAGGCGAAGGCCAAGAUGAUGGCUGCGGUGGAGAAGGGAAUGUCAUUACCAAAAGUGCAACAGAAGUUUGAGAACUAUGUUAAACAUGGUUUCAAAGUCACUGAUGCUAAGACUAUCGAGGAACUGUGGAAGUGGAGGCAGACCGUGCAGGACAAGAAAUGAUCGAGCCUUUUACUUUGCUAAAUUAUUAGCUCUUAUUUUUUAAUUCUUUUUUUUGUUUGUUUUUGUUUUGCUUCUCUUUGGAGACCCCUUUUGGACUUUUUCAGUGUCAAUCCGUGCCAUUCCAAAAGUGACUACCUUACUCGCUCUGUCCCCGCGGUAACAAACAUACCUCUGACCCUCCCUCCCGUACCCCCAUGAACGGUUUGCUUUGAUUGGCAGCCCGGUCGCCCUGGAGAGAAUGUAUCUCCAGCCCAUUGGACUGUACACUCAAGGACAAUAGAAGUGAUUCCACUGUCAACAAAUGUUGGAAUAAUGCCUGUUUAAACUGUUAAACUUCUGUUUGUGAAGAUGCACAUAGCUGAUAACAACAGCUCUGCGUUAGCGAGAUGUUAAAUGUUAUCUGUCCAGCAAAACUUCUGUUCAUUGGUGUGUCUAGUCAGGGGUUGAGCCACAUGAAGGAAAAGAACAUGUAACUCAACGUUGUGAAACGAUUGCAGUUUAACUGAAAGAGAAUUUCAGGGCCUGCUGUAUUUUUGUACUUAAAUUGUCAUGAGUUUCAUCCCAACUGCAAUUGUGCAUAAGGUGUAAUAUACCAAGUUUCAAGUGUCUCUGCUCGUGCUAGUACAUGCUUUGGUCGAGGGUGUACCAGCUAGAAUAAGAAAUUAUUCUGUCCACUUUGAUUUUUUUUUUUUUCCUUUCUGUUUUAAUUUGAAAGCACGUUGUGCUUUUUUGUUCUCCCACCACACCCAUUUCAAUAAAAGUUUUCGGAAAGUGUCGCAGUAAAUUUA